GUAAUCUUAUUGAAUUGAUAAUAUUUGCAAUACCUAGCAAAAUUCUUUAGAGCUUUUUUUUUCAAUACAAUCUGAUGGUAAAGAAUAGAGCAUAAAUGUGAUGUUCAAGGCUCUUUUCAUUCCACAGCCAGGGUACAAAUGUCUAGGUAAAAGCUUAAAAAUUGCAUCAUCAGUUUGAGGGUGAGUCAAAACAUAAAAUUUAUCAUGGCUAUAGAAACAGAAAAAAAAAAUACAUUGCCAAUAAAAUAGUUCUUUCCCCUGGUAACAGAAAUAAAUUUCCUAAUAAAAAUAGAAGUUAAAAAGAAAAUGAAAAUUAUACCUAAGCACUUUAAACAUUUCACUGAACAUAAUUCCAUACCCACAAACACAUACACAUGGUCUUACAUAAAUUGAAUCUCACCUAUACUAUGAGUUUGAAAUCAGUUUUUCUCUUAUUCUUUAAGAAAAAAAAAAGGUCAGGUAUAUCUUUUAAUGUCAAUAAAUAGGAAAACUACGUAAUCAUUUUUAGGGCUGUAGACUGUCCCGUCACAGAAGCUCCAUAAUUUAUUUAAGCAAUCCCCUAUUAUAAGACACUAAUGCUGUUUACAAUUUUUUACUCUACAACAAACAUUGAUAAACAUCCUGUACCAACCUGUUUACCAAUUUAUCCAAUUCUCUCUUUAAAAUAAGUAUCUACAACUACAGGAGCUGGAUAAAUGAGUAUACAGAGAAUGUAUAUUAAACUCUUGCCUCUCACAGAAAAUUUACCUGUAACCCUUUUGAAAGCAAUUUGCCAGAAUGCAUUAAGGUCCCUAGAUGGGUGAGUUGGUGGGGGGGUAGUGGUCUGCUGAGCUGUGGAGGGUGGUGGGGCUGAGGGUGGGGUGGAGAGGGUGGUAUCCCCGCCCUGAGGUAGGGACUACUGGGUGACAGAGACAAAGGGGUGUGUGAUGGGGCAGGUCACAAUGGGUAGGGGAGGAUAAAAGUUGUCCUGUGGGGUGGUUUAGCAGCAGUGGAUGGUUCAGGUUGGGAAGAAGAGCAGUGGGAUUGCCAGUUGAGGUUGUGGAAUCAAAGAGCAAAGGCUGUUGUGAAGUGGAGUAUCAGGCUCAAAUGGAGGUCCCUCCCGAAUGAGCACCGACACCUGUGUGCCUGGACAUCCACGAGGCCCCAACACCUGUGCUCCUGACAGCUCCAUGCAUUAAGCAGGGCACAGUCUGGAUCCGGGGGACUGACUGUCUCUGGCAUUGAGCAGUUGGUAAUCAAUACCCCACCCUGUUCUCAGUCACUUGGGGACAAAAAAGAAAGCCUGCAGAACACGACCGCUGGCCCACCUGCCAGAGUGGCCAAGGAAACAGGAUGCCCGCUAAGGCAUGUUAAGGAAGGUGUGGAGCAGCUGCUGGGAACUGUCUUGAUAAAAGAAAGACAUGGAGGACCGGUGUAUGCUACCGUAUUACACAGCCCAAAGCAGCCCCGCAAUGGGCAUGUUUAACACCUCCAUGGGGAAGCUGCAGCGGCGACUGUACAAAGGCGAGUAUACUAUAUUCAGGUACGCACCCAUGUUUGAGAGCGACUUUAUCCAGAUCAGCCAAAGAGGAGAAGUGAUUGAUGUGCACAACCGUGCCCAAAUGGUAACAGUGGGCAUCGUUCGCACCAGCCCCUGCCUCACACUACCUGAUGUCAUGCUGCUGGCCCGACCAGCUGCUGUCUGUGACAAUGCCAGGUGUGGUCCUGCCACCCAGGAAAGAGAUAGUCCGCCUGCAGAGAUCUUAGAACUAACCAGGCUGCUUCCCUUGAUGUUUGUGAAAAUAACCAUCCACAACAGCAUAAAAAAACAGCUCCACCUGCAGCUUGCUACUGGCCGCUCUUUUUAUCUUCAGCUGUGUCCGCCCUCAGAUGCAAGUGAAGACCUUUUUGUUCACUGGGAAAACCUUGUUUACAUCCUGAGACCACCAGUGGAGGCUUACAGUGGUACCAAGGCUAUCCUAUCUGGGAACACAUUGGACUCAUCUGUGUUUGAGGAAGUGCAGAGGAGCCCAGUGGGAUAUGACACGAAGUUUUGUGAAGAGAAGGAGCAAUUCAGAAUCAGUAGGCUUCACAUGAAUGCUGAAAUGUUUGGGCUGACUCUCUGCUACUCAGCAUUGGGAGUCAAUAUCUCAACUCUGCAGGAUGAGGCCACAUGCGUGAAUGGGAUGGAAGCCAGAGGGUCUCUACCUAGCUGGACUGACUCUGCAGUAAUAACCUCAAAGCCUGGUACUACACAUGGUGCAGAGGUGGACAUCUCACCUAAGACUGUGGAGGGGAACAACACGAUUCACCACAAUAAAAUCCAUCAACUCAAAUUAUCUGUUCUAAUCACAUAUGCUCUAUUGACAGGAAGGGUAGCAAUAAAACUAAUGGCAGUUUAUGAUCAGGCUCUGAAAACCAUCUUUAACUUUCCCUUAACUUUAUAUUUUUUAAAUAAAUUAAUAGAUGACAGAAUAAAAUGUUGAAGAUUACUCUCAGAUAUGAUCCUACAUUAGGAGAAUUAUUCUAAAACUAUUUUCCAAAAUAUAAAAUGAGAACCCAGGAACGAACACACACACACACACACACACACACACAGACAGACACUCUCUCUCUCUCUCUCUCUCUCUCUCUCCAGGUUUGAAUCAUAGCAUUGCCACACAUUAACUGUGACUUUUAGUAGAUUUUUCUUUAAAUGGUCACCUUGAGAUUAUACAUGUAUAAUAUCUGGAACAUAGUAGGCACUGUGUAAAUGGUAGUGUUGAGAAACAAAUUCUGAAUUUAAUCAUACUUUCCAGAAAGGGCUUAAUUUUCCCAGUCUCUUCAUUCUUGAUUUCCUUUCUUAAAUCUUAAUUAACUGCUUUGCAAUUGUCCCAUAAAAGCUCUAUUUACAGUAAAUCUUCUUAGUAUUUUCCCAAGAAUUUUAACCCCCGAUGUUAUUUAGAAUUCUAAAUUUUCAUGAAUUUGUAGAAACUUCAAUCUAGUUACAAUGGAAAGAUAACUUCAAAGCACUCAUCUUUUACCUGGUUCUCUCCAAUUUUAGUAUUCUUGGAGACAGAAAAAUAAAUAAAACGUAAUAUAGGAUCAAUUCAUAAUCUGGACAAAAACUGGAAAUUAGAUCAUUUUAGAAUUGUAAGAUCCACAUCCACGGGAUUAGCCAAUAUUCUAAUUUUGAAAGUAAAAAGUCUGUUUGAGUCUAAAGUAAUACAUCAUAUGGUUUGAUAACCCAGAACCAGAAUGUAUAGGUAACCUGGCUCCCAAUUAAGUCUGUAUUGUUUCCAUAACACUCAUGUUUCUGAUGAGCACUAUGCUUUGAAUAUAAAAGAUAUUUGAUACGUGUUUGCUGGAUCCAAUUAAGGGCUAUAAAUGUGAAUAUAAUUUAUUCCAAACCAACAAAUCUGGGGAUAUAAAAUUUUACAUAGUACUGUACUGAUUGUACAGAUCCCAAAGGCUCCUGUAUAUACUGUAAGGAAGCAGUUUACCAGUAGACCCUCACAGCACUCAUGACUUAAUGAUUUUUAAUGGCCUUCAAAAGUGCUUCAGACCUGAAAAAAUGGCUUCAAAAUAUGAAAAACAUUUCACAGGUUAGAUGUUCUAGCUUUGCGAAUUUCAAGGUUACAUUACUGAGAAAUCACAUCUAAUCAUAAAUCACUUUUCAGCAAAUAAUUUCAAAUGAAAAAAUUUAAAAAUAAAACAAUUUUUGUUUUUCAUGUGGUAUGUAGCCCAGUAUCAUAUGAUACUGCAGACUCCCUAAGAGGCUUUAAAAUGACCAUAUUGCAAACUCUUAACAGAGACCAACUUUAUCUUUGUAUUCAAGGACUGUCAGCAUGUUUACCACAUUGUAGUCCCUUGAUAAUCACAGAAGAGAUCAUUGUUAAAAGCACUGCACAUUUUGUAUUUUUUCUCUAAAUCUUCAAUCUGACUCAAUCUCUUUUUAAAUUGUAUAUUCCUUUGGUAAAUAUUUCAAUCUGCUUCUGAUUACAAAUCCUGAUGCUUAUUACUAUCAGAUCCUGUUGCUAGGUCACAGUUUUAUUAAAAUUCUAAAACAAUACAUAUCCUGUUACCUCAUCCCUUGUAAUCAAAGUUUAAGAGAUAAUUUAGAUAAUAGAUACUUAUAA